CGAUGAGGUGGGGCGGGCACCGGCUUCGCUUCUCCAAGCGUCUCCUUGUUCUUCCGCUCCGUUUGCCGUGGCUGGCUCUUUGCUCUGCCGUCGGGGCCAUGAGGCGCGGCGCGGUGCUGGCGGCCUUCGCGCUGGCCUACACGUGCUACCUGCUGUUCGGAGCGCUGAUCAUCUCAGCCGUCGAGCGACCCUACGAGAGCCAGCUGAGGGCCAAGCUGCGGGACCUUAAGAGCAACUUCCUGCGCAGCAGCCCCUGCCUGUCCGAGGCCGCGCUGGAGCGUUUCCUGAGCGCCGUCCUGAGCGCCAACCGCCACUCCGCAGCCCUCCUGCGGAAUGGCUCGGCUGCCCCGUCCAACUGGGACUUCGCCUCUGCCUUCUUCUUCGCCAGCACGCUGAUCACCACCGUGGGCUACGGUUAUACUACACCUCUCUCGGACGCUGGCAAAGCCUUCUGCAUCUUCUACGCAGUGGUGGGCAUCCCCUUCACCAUGCUGGUGCUGACAGCCACCGUGCAGCGCCUUGUGGGCACCUUCACCUCUGGGCCUCUGGAGUACCUGGCCUUGCGUUGGGGCUCCCAACAGUGGGUCCUGUCGUGUGGGCACCUGCUGGUGCUGAUGGGCCUGGUCUUGGCGACCUUCUUCUUAGUGCCUGCUGCAAUCUUCAGCUCCCUGGAAGAAUCCUGGAGCUUCCUGGAUGCUUUCUACUUCUGCUUCAUCUCCCUCUGCACCAUCGGCCUGGGAGAUUAUGUCCCUGGGGAGCAGCCCGGGCAACGCCUUCGCCCCCUCUACAAGAUCUCUGUCACAGUUUACCUGCUGCUGGGGCUGAUGGCCAUGCUGCUGAUACUCCAGACCUUCCAAAAGCUGGCGGACCUGCACAGCCUCUCUGACCUGAUCUUCUUGCCCCGGGACCAGCCUCCCGAAGAGCACCAGAGUAUCCUAGAGCAACACAGCCCUCCCUCUGAGCCAGGGCAGGUGGAGAAAUUGCCUGUGCAUCUCCGGCCAGGGGGGCAAGCGCAUUAUUCCUCCAUUAACAGAUAGCAAGGAGCAGGAAGGUGAAAGCUGGGGCCAGCCCACAAGGAAGACUUGCUGCUCUCCUCUUCAUGAAGCUUCUGUCCUUCCUGACCUGGGAAAUGAGGCUGCUGGACAGUCAAUUCAUUCUGAGCAGAGGGAUGGGAACGCCAGCUGCUGUCAGACCAGAAGAAGAGUGUCUUGAUAUUCUUCUGGCUCCUGCCUUUGGAUUGGCUUGUUGUGGGGAUUUUAUUUAAAAAGCAUAGAUAAAAAGGCUGGAACUUCCAGGCACUUAACUCU